GUCCCACGUUAUUCGUCCCACCUUUGUGAGCACCUUAUGUCAUGGUAACAGUCCCUUCUGCUGAGGCGGGUUGGACUCUGCUCCCUGUGGAGCUAUCAGAAGAGCUGGCUGCAACUUUCUCCUUCAGUCCUGGUGGCACAUCAUCUGGAAAAUGUGAGAAAGCCCUGGCCAUGCUUUACAAGACAGGAAAUAAAGCCUUGGAAAUGGCUCUACAAAAGAAAGAACUAAUCUUGGAAGGCUAGAACUUCUGUGCAGAGCAGUUGGAAUUAAUUAUAUACUGGAACCAGAGCUGAUUUGGUUGCAUCCUCCAACAUGACCAAUCCUCAGUCUACAAUAGAAGGUGGUGUUUCGGAAGUUGAAAUAAUUUCACAACAAGUAGAAGAAGAGACCAAAAGCAUUGCCCCUGUACAGCUUGUCAAUUUUGCUUAUCGAGAUCUACCUUUAGCUGCACUUGAUCUGUCUGUGGCUGGGUCCCAGCUUCUGUCAAAUUUGGAUGAGGAGUACCAAAGAGAAGGAUCUAACUGGCUAAAACCGUGCUGUGGGAGACGAGCAGCUGUGUGGCAGGUGUUUUUGCUCAGUGCAAGUCUCAACGGUUUCCUGGUAGCCUGUGUAGUAUUGGUGGUGAUUCUCCUGACUCUGGAACUCCUAAUAGAUAUAAAGCUUCUCCAGUUUUCAAGUGCUUCACAGUUUGCGGGAGUAAUUCACUGGAUCAGCCUAGUCAUCCUGUCUGUUUUCUUUUCAGAGACUAUUUUGAGGAUUGUGGUCCUUGGCAUAUGGGAUUACAUUGAAAACAAAGUAGAGGUGUUUGAUGGUGCUGUCAUAAUCUUGUCCUUGGCACCAAUGGUGGCCUCAACAGUGGCUAAUGGCCCCAGCAGCCCAUGGGAUGCUAUCAGCCUUAUUAUCACACUACGAAUCUGGAGAGUGAAGAGGAUCAUCGAUGCCUAUGUCCUUCCAGUGAAAGUGGAGAUGGAGAUGAUGAUUCAGCAAUAUGAGAAAGCAAAGGUUAUUCAAGAUGAGCAGCUGGAAAGACUAACCCAGAUCUGCCAAGAACAAGGGUUUGAAAUCAGGCAGCUGAGGGCCCACCUUGCUCAGCAGGAUUUGGAUCUGGCUGCAGAGAGAGAGGCUGCAUUGCAGGUCCCACAUGUGCUGAACAAGCAGAGCAGCAAAAGGUACAAGGUGGUACCAACUGAAGAUUCAGAUGAUGAAGCCACUGAGAACAUCACUGAGUUGCGACCUCCACGAGAGGAUGACAUGAAUAAUUACAUCAGUCGCUACUACAAUGAACCAAGCAGUGACAGCGGUGUCCCCGAGGCAGCCAUCUGCGUGGUCACCACCGCCGCCAUUGACGUCCAUCACCCCAACAUCUCGUCCGACCUCUUCACGGUGGAGGUGCCAAUGCGCCUGGGCAGCACCGGGACAUCCGCCAGCGUCACAUCGGGCAGCGCCUCGCGCUCCACCGUCAGCUCAGGCACGCAGGCCUGCAGCGAGAGCAGCCAGACACUGGGCUCCUCCCCAGACUGCAGCACGGCCUGCGAGGACACUGCUGAGGCUGGUGCUGCCCCACGGGCUGACCUCGCGCCCACGCGGCAGCGGGUGGCCCACGCCAUGGUGCAGGAGCUGCUCUCAUCCCUGUCGGAAGAGGCCUGCCUGGCGCAGAAGGGGCUGGAUCCUGUUAACCUGAAGCUGCCCAGCCCGGCAGGCUCGGCAGCGUCCAGCCCCAACCUAGGCCACCGCCUCAGUGUCUACAACUGCAGGAACCAGGAGAGCCUCAACGUGUUCCAGCUCAAGCCACUCAUCGACUGCCCACAGGCUGCCCCACUGAUUGAUGACAAGUUUGGUGCACUCGGGCCCCCAGAGCCACAGCUGGGCAGGGUUCCCAAGGCAUAAGGAGAGGCUGGGGGCAAGGGACAGCUGUGGGGACACGCUCACUGUGCCAGGCCACAUGGCUGCCACAGGCAAGGUGGCACUGCUGGAGGCAACCUGUGGCAUCUCCUGCAGCUGGGGGACGAGCCACCCUCACUUCUACCUGCCAGUGCUCUGAUGGUGCGUGAUGGACCUGCCAUGCCACCAGCUCUGGGCCAGCUGCGACCUACGGUGUCCUCUGGGGCACAACGGACCUUCCAGCAGUCUUGGGCCAACACGGACCCACAGUGCCUGCGGAGAUAGACAGACAGUGAACCUGGCCCAGGGGCAGGACAGAGCUGCUGGACAGCUUGGGCCCAGCCUGGCCCCCAGCCUGAGCACGGCUGGGAAGGGGAAUGGGGAACAAGAAUAAACACUGCGAAACAGA